AUGCCCUUGGAAGAGGAACCAGCUCUACUGGUUGGCCGGGCUAUGUCCAACGGCAACGGGACAGAGAGUGCUUCAGGUGACACCUCCAACUGCACCAUUGCUUCUAGUAACGGCACUACUCCCGUCUCGUAUGAUGGAGCUUACCGGCCUCAGAUCCACUACAGCCCUAGUCAGGGCUUCAUGAACGACCCGAACGGUCUGGUCAUCUCCGGUCCUGCUGGGAACCGCACCAUUCAUCUGUACUACCAAUACAAUCCUACCGGCCUCGUAGCAGGCAACCAGCACUGGGGUCAUGCUACUUCGAGUAGCUUUUCCUCGUACGCGUGGCAGAAUCAUCUGCCGGCCAUUUCACCCAAGAACUCAACGGAGGGUAUAUUCAGCGGCUCAGCUGUCAUUGAUACCAACAAUACCAGUGGCUUCUUCAAUGAAUCUACUGCUCCGGAGAAUCGCAUUAUUGCCAUCUACACUCUGAACACGGCCGAGGAGCAGAAUCAGAACAUUGCCUACUCUGUGGAUGGAGGGUACACCUACACAAAAUACGAAGGCAAUCCCGUACUCUCUGAUUCGGGAAAGUUCCAGACACAAUUCCGUGACCCCAAGGUCUUCUGGGACACAGACCGCUCGCAGUGGGUGAUGGCCGUCUCCCACGCUCAGCAGUACCAAGUGGGCUUCUACACAUCGUCAGACCUCAAAACAUGGACCGAGGCGAGCAAGUUCACCCUCGGCGGAAUCUUGGGGUACCAGUACGAGUGCCCUGACCUCUUCCCCGUCACGAUGGUUGGAGGACCCCAGGAUGGACAGACGACCUGGAUCCUCCUCGUUUCAAUCAACCCUGGAUGGCCACCUGGAGGCUCUGGAAGCCAGUACUUUAUUGGUGAUUGGAACGGUACAACCUUCGAGCCUAGGGAUAGAGCUGCCAGGUUGGCUGACUUCGGCAAGGACUGGUAUGCAGCUCAGACGUGGAACAAUGUGGCUGACAACAAGACCAUGAUCAUUGGCUGGGCUUCCAACUGGCAGUACGCCGACAGCGCUCCCACUGGCUCAGAAGGAUGGAGGUCGAGCAUGUCGGUGCCCCGCGAGGUCACGCUUCGUUACGCUGCCCUCAACCCUCUGUUCUCCGACUACCAGCUGGCUAUGACACCCGUCAAUACCACUGAGAUCGCCAAGUCAGAGGUGUUCAGCAAGGGCUCGAGCGCAAAUGCUACGUCCUCUGCUAGCAAUACCAACAGCACAUCAGCUGUUGGUGAGCAGACCAUCCAGCUACAAAAUGCUGUAGGAGCCUAUGAUAUCUCUGCCAACUUCUCCAUCAGCGCUGAUGCUGCAACGAAUGCGACUGCAUCCUCUUUUGCUGAGCUGCGCAUCUACGCCUCGGCCAAUGGCAGUCGUACAGAUCAAUAUCUGCGCGUGGGCCUGGUGGGAGGAUCCCAAGGCGGUGUUUACAUCGAUCGUCGCAAGGUCGGCGGCACGUGGGCGGACGAUAGUCCCUUUUACACGGAUCGCUUCAGCAGCUACGUCCAGCCACGCUACUCUUCCAACGACACGACGACUGCUGACCAGCUAUGGGACUUGCGAUUGAUCGUAGACCGGUCUCUGGUAGAAGUCUUUGUCAACGAGGGAGUUCAGUCCGCUGCCGUGCUUACGUUUUGGGACCAGGGAGCCCUUCCCGAUGCGCUCGAGGUGGUGUUGGGCGAUGGUAGCGUCCACAUCGAUGGAAUGCGCGUGCUAGCCUUGAAGAGCGGAUGGUUGGAGGGAUGCUAA